ACACAACAAUACGAUGGAUUUUAUUUCAGGCAAAGAACAUCUGUACUAUCUGUUAAAAAAAGAUGAGCUAACAGAAGAGAUGGAAGAUGCCAUUGGAAAUAUAUCCACAUAUUUUUCUUUUAUCCAGUUCUUUCUGAUGUGCUAUCUCAUCAAAAUCUUUACCGUAAAAAACGCCCAAGGCACUGCUUCAGCAGACAUAAUAACUGAAAGAGCUACGAAAUUACUUGUGUCGUUAGUUGCAAUAGCAAUCUUUCGCUUCCUUAAAGCUUGCGUGCUGUUUCUCAAAUGGCUUUAUCGUCGCUGCUGCACCAGUGAUGUUAAUGCUUGUGAGAACGUGUAA